AAUAACAAUACAGUUGUAAACAACACAUGAAAUUGUUGUCAAACUCGACAACAAAUCUGAUCCAUUGUCUCUCUCCAAGUGAAGUGAUGUGCCAUUGAUUACCAAUAAGACAUCCAUCAUCUGUAGAGACAGACACACGAAGAUAUGAACAGAAGAGCCGGAUUGGGUGCCUAUCAAAGGAAACUACAAACAGAAGCCAAAUACAGGGAAAAGAGAGAAGAGUUGGCCAAAGAUGAGAUCCAGACGCUGACCAAACAGAUGUCAGAGUUUCAGCAAAAACUACAAGAGUUUGCACAGAAACAUAAAAAAGAUAUCAAAAGAGAUCCCGAGUUUAGGCGACACUUUCAGGCGAUGUGCGCUACGGUUGGUGUGGAUCCGCUUCAGUCGUCGGCCAAUUUCUGGACUAAACUGUUAGGUGUCGGCGACUUUUACUACGAAUUGGCUGUUCAGGCCAUUGAGGUUUGCAUGAGUACUAGCCAUCGAAACGGCGGUCUUAUAGGUAUUCAUGAACUCCAUCGACGAGUGAUUCAAUCGCGAAACUCUGCCAAAGCUAUCGGCAGUGGUGGCCAUCAUCGACAUGAAGACGAGAUUACUGUCGAUGAUCUGAUUCGUGCAAUCGAAAAGUUGGCCAAAUUAGGAUCGGGUCUCAAACUGAUGUCGUGCGGCAAAACCUAUUUGGUUCAGUCGGUCGCUUCGGAACUGAGUUUAGACCAGAAUUUAAUCAUACAAACGGCUCAAUCGACUAAUGGCUGUAUAGAUAUAUCGAUGAUUGUCAAAGAACUUCAGUGGACUGAUGAAAGAGCUCGCAAAGCUAUCGACGAUAUGAUUAUGGAAGGACUGCUCUGGAUUGACAAACAGACACCGAGUGGUCAAACCUGGUAUUGGUUUCCCGGUCUAAGACAAUCAGUGUCUUAG